AUGCCAUCGGCACUACCAACCUCGACUUCCAAAGUCACAAAGUUUACAAAUUGUCGUCUCCUAAAGGGCGAAUCUUUAGUAACCCAAGAUCUAUGGGUCUCCUCCUUCACCGGUAAAAUUAUCCAAAGCCAGGAAGCUUUCUAUGGUCAAUUAUGUGUACCAGAUGAAGUUAUUGAUCUGGGUGGUCGCAUUAUCUCACCAGGUUUCAUCGACACACAAUUAAAUGGAGCUUUUGGAUUCGAUUUCGCUUCUAUACCAGAAAGUGAUGAUCCUAAUGCUUAUGCAAAGGAAUUCAAGAGGAUUAAUCAACUGUUGAUUAAGACGGGCGUUACUUCACAUUUACCUACUAUCACAUCAUCGAGGCCGGAGGUCUAUCAUCAUGCACUUCCAUUUCUAGGACCCUCUGGAGCAAGUCGUCUUGCAUCAGAUGGAACCGAAUCACUGGGCGCUCACGUCGAAGGACCAUUUCUCGCUCCCACCAAAAAUGGAAUCCAUCCCCUCCCCGUCCUAUUAGCUCCCAAAUCCAACGACCUCACUUCCCUCUCAGAUUGUUACGGUGCUUCAAACCUCCUCGGAAACAUCCGUCUCAUAACCGCUGCCCCCGAACUUCCACACAUGACUUCUCUCAUCCCAACCCUUACCUCCCCCCCUCACAACAUCAUCUUCAGUAUCGGCCACACAGAAUCUACCUACGAAGACGCCACCGCCGCCGUCACCGCCGGAGCAACAAUGAUAACCCACCUCUUCAACGCCAUGCUUCCUCUCCAUCACCGCAAUCCCGGAAUCUUCGGUCUCCUCGGCACAACCCCCACAACCAAUUCCUCCCCCUCCACCACUCCCCCCUCCUCUCCCCUCGUCACUCAAAACAUCAUCCCCCCUCUCCCCAAACCCAUCACCCAACGCCCCUACUUCGGCAUCAUAGCCGACUCCAUCCACCUCCACCCCACCACCAUAACCCUCGCCUACAACGCACACCCCUCAGGCCUCAUCCUCGUCACCGACGCCAUGCACCUCGUCGGUCUCCCCAACGGCCGCUACGCCUGGAACAACGAUUUCAUCCUCAAAGACGGCAUCCACCUGCGUCUGGAAUCCGAUGGGAAAAUCGCAGGCUCCUCCAUCACGCUCGUCGAAUGCGUAUCCAAUUUCCUCAACUGGACAGGAUGCAGUGUCGCGCAGGCCUUGAAAGCAGUCACCGAGACCCCGGCGAGAAUGCUGGGCUUGGACCAUGUGAAGGGUGGGUUGGAGGGGGGAAUGGAUGCGGAUUUGUGUGUGUUGGAUGUGGUGGUUGAGGAGGGCAGGAAGAGGGUUGUGGUGGAUGAGGUGUGGAAAUUUGGGGUGAGGGUUUUUGAGAGGGAAGGGGAGGAGAGGGGAAAGAUUAUUGGAUAG